UCACGGAGUUUCUCUCGGUUUGUGGGCUCAUCUAAAGCUGAUCAUCAGCAGGAGACGAGCCAUUUAGACUCAGCUCAGCCACUACAGAGGAAACAAUGACUUCAACCCAAAAGGACCAACAUGGAGCGAGAAGUCAGCGCUCUCAGGAGGCCGACAAACCUCACAGAAGAAAGGAAGAGAAAAAAUACAGCUGUGAUGAGUGUGGGAAGGGUUUUACCCGGGCUGUACACUUAGAAACACACCAACUCAUCCACAGUGGAGUUAAAGCGUACACCUGUGACUUGUGUGGAAAAUCUUUUACUUUGGCUGCUAACUUAAAAAGACACCAACUCAUCCACAGUGGAGUUAAAGCGUACACCUGUGACUUGUGUGGGAAAUCUUUUACUUUGGCUGCUAACUUAAAAAGACACCAACUCAUCCACAGUGGAGUUAAAGCGUACACCUGUGACUUUUGUGGAAAAUCUUUUAACCGGGCUGGAAGCUUAAAAACACACCAGCUCAUCCACAGUGAAGUUAAAGCGUACAGCUGUGAUUUGUGUGGAAAAACUUUUGCCCGCCCUGGAAGCUUAAAAACACACCAACUCAUCCACAGUGGAGUUAAAGCGUACAGCUGUGACUUUUGUGGAAAAUCUUUUACCCACGCUGAAAGCUUAAAAAGACACCAACUCAUCCACAGUGGAGUUAAAGCGUACACCUGUGACUUUUGUGGAAAAUCUUUUACUUUGGCUGUUAACUUAAAAACACACCAACUCAUCCACAGUGGAAUUAAACCGUACACCUGUGACUUUUGUGGAAAAUCUUUUACCCACCUUGGAAACUUAAAAACACACCAGCUCGUCCACAGUGGAGUUAAAGCGUACACCUGUGACUUGUGUGGGAAAUCUUUUACCCACGCUGGAAGCUUAAAAACACACCAGCUCGUCCACAGUGGAGUUAAAGCGUACACCUGUGACUUGUGUGGGAAAUCUUUUACCCACGCUGAAAGCUUAAAAAGACACCAACUCAUCCACAGUGGAGUUAAAGCGUACACCUGUGACUUGUGUGGGAAAUCUUUUACCCACGCUGAAAGCUUAAAAAGACACCAACUCAUCCACAGUGGAAUUAAACCAUACACCUGUGACUUAUGUGGAAAGUCUUUUACCCAGACUGGAAGCUUAAAAACACACCAACUCAUCCACAGUGGAGUUAAAGCAUACAGCUGUGACAUGUGUGGAAAGUCUUUUACCCAGACUGGAAGCUUAAAAAGACACCAACUCAACCACAGUGGAGUUAAAGCGUACAGCUGUGAUCAGUGUGGCAGAGCUUUUACUCACAGUGGCCUCUUACAGCGUCAUCAAGUUAUCCACUCCGGAUUUAAGGCGUACAGCUGCCACAUUUGUGGAAAAACCUUCCACUGGAUAGGCAGCCUAAAUAUUCACCUCCGCAUUCACACUGGAAAUGACGUUUACUGCUGUGAUCAGUGUGGGAAACUGUUUGUGAAAUAUAAAGACUUACAAGACCACUUGUUUACCCACACUGUGGGGAGACCUUAUAAAUGUGACCUGUGUGAGAAGACUUUUAAAGCUCCACGUUACCUGAAAAAACACCAACAGAUCCACACCAGAAAGAAACUGCAAGUGCAGUUACUGUGAGGCCACUUGCAGAGCGACACAGAUAGAUCCAGUUCUGAACCCUGUCGUCAGUGUGGUGGUGGGAAAGAGUUUUGCUGUGACCUUUGUGGAAAAACUUUCACUCUGCAACAGACCCUAAAAAUCUGGACUUCUUUAAAUUGCUUGAAGAUGUUUCACCUCUCAUCCGAGAAUCUUCUUCAGGUCUAAGGUCAAAUGGUGGAGAGUUCCAGAUUUAAGCUCUGUGGGAGUGUCAAGAGGUGAUAUUUUUUGGUGUCAAUGCUGGUGUGAAGAUUGUGCUGUUUUGAUUGCUUUGCAAAUAUUCAUUUCAAUAAAUCCAAGGAAAUAUUUGGUUUCAACGCUCAGUUGAUUUUCAGGGAAUAUUCCAGCAGUUAAAAGUGUUGAUAAAUGAACUCGAGUCUCUAAAAAUGGGCUAAAAAUGGGCUAUAGGAGAUGUGAAGUGCAAACAUAUGUACAUUGUGUGUAAUGGGAUUUGGCAAGAUUGAGAGAUCUGCCGGACAUAAAGAAAAAUGUAAAUACGAGACUGACAAAAAAUUGAUAAUAAAGACUUAAUGAAGCAAAACAGCAAGUUGAAAAUAAGACACGCAGAGAUUCAGCAGAGAGAAGUCGCUCAUUGUCUGAGCAUGUUAAGAAUAUAAUGAUUAAAGUUCAUUUAGUGAUUUUUUUUUUUUUUUAAAUAUAUACAGUGCAAUGGUGCUCAUUAAGACUUGGCCCUCCAUAUAAUAAUGGGGUAAAAGAGUGAAUUUGGCUCUAUGAUUGAACUGAAUUAUUGAAACUGACAUGUAGAGCUGCAGAGGGAUUUCCAAACAUGCUUACAUAUCAUAACCAGUUAAAGUCAGGGUGCAAUUUUCCUGGGCCAAAAGAGUCUGAACAGAAUGUCCCAGACUUAUAUAAUAAGUACAAAAUGACAGGCUGAGAACUGUUAGAUAAUAGUGUAACCCAUGUGAAAUACAGGGCUGCAAAAUCCCUUUUUGUUAUCUAAGGCUAUAGCCUGUUAUUGUCACAAGGGGGUGCUGUAAUGCACUUUUGUGUUCUGACAACCAUGUGUCUAGUGCGCAGGAAGCAUUACCUGUCUCUUACUGUGAGAUCUUCCCUCUCUGAUGGCGGUCAAGUGUGUCAGAGCUCACCAAAAACUAUCUUGGUAUGCAAUGCUGCAGCCCGGUUAAUGAGACCAGAUUGUUUUACGUAUAAAUGCUAAUAAGCCACUCUUUUAUUAGUCCCCGAACUCUGACCACAAAGGGAAUAAGUCUGUCGAGUUAUUUGUGUUGGAAUAUCCCAGUUUCUCACAUGCCUUUUGUUAGCUACCUCUUAAGUUGAAUAAUGUAUUUCACAAACCGAUUCAGCUCAGAAACAUUUGGAAAAAAACAUCAAAUUUGGUGUGUUGUUUUACUUUUCUUGUUAUUCUUUACAGUGUGUUAUAAGUGUUGAAUGCUUUGAGCUAAAGGUGUUUUACUGCCGAUGCUAGAUGUGAUACUAGCUGCUAAUAGCUGUUAGCUACCCUACCCCCACGAAGCCAUAUUCCGAUCGGGGAGGUAUUCAGAUAGAAGCACUAGCUCUGUUUAUAUUAGAAUGGUUAGGUCUUAAUAGAAAUGAGCAUAUUUCAAGUUUAAUAGUACUUGCACUGUGAAUUAAGUUACAUUUGCUUGUAAGCCUUAUGGAUGAAUGACACAUUGAUUGCGAUGACUGUUUACAUUACUGUUUAAGCUGCUGAUGUUCUUUAUUGUGAUAUAAUUGUGAUAAAAUAGUUGAUACUGGUACAAACAAGUUACUGUAACUCUUGUAACUUGGUAAAGCUAAAUGGAAUGUCAUUUGUUAUUAAUACAUUUGGAAAAGAAGUUAAUGAGUUCAUGUUAAGAACACAAGAUGGAAAAGAAAUUCAUUGUUCUGCACUGUUUGUGUAGAUUGUUUUUUUUGAAUUGAUCUUGGAAUAAAUGUAACCCGUGAA